AAGUGUCACUUCAGUGUAACUCUGGAUGAAACCACAUCCUCCUCACAGGCUGCAAGAGCUGUUUGUGAACUAAAACUGAAUUUGAACAAUAUGGGCAGCAUGCUUCAAGUGACAUGUAUUGCUUUGGUAUUCAGCAUCUUAACUGGCCAAAGCUCCAACUGCAUGGAAAUCAUCGGAGGUCAUGAUGUUAAGGCAUAUUCAAAACCUUAUAUGGUGUCUAUUCAGAUGAACAAUCAGCAUGUAUGUGGAGGAACAUUGAUCCAAACCAAAUGGGUUCUGACUGCAGCAAACUGUGGACAGUUGAUCAAGAUAAAGAAAGCCACGGUGGUUCUUGGAGCUCGUUCACUCCAAAAGAAGGAUAAUAUUGAACAAAUCAUUUCUGUUAUAAGGUUAUCCCCAUACCCUGAAUUCAAAAAUAAAAUAGAAAAUGACAUCAUGCUUUUGGAGUUAGAACAAGCUGCAGAUGUUAAGAAGAAAGGUGUAGCAAUCUUGAAAUUGCCAACUUCAACAAAGGACCUUAAAGCUGGAGUAAAUUGCAGAAUCAUUGGAUGGGGACAAACCAGUCCCAGGGAUAAAAAACAGUCUGAUACUUUGAAAGAAGCAACCAUAUCAGUGAUUGACCGGAAAACCUGUAAUAGUAAAAAAUAUUACAACGGGAGCCCAGUCAUAACAGACAACAUGAUUUGUGCAGGUGACAAAAAAGGCAGAAAAGAUUCCUGUUUGGGUGAUGCAGGAGGCCCAUUAAUGUGCAAGGUAAAGACCCUGAGCCGAAAGGAGGUCAUUGCUGGGAUUGCUUCAGCUGGAUCUGAUUGUGCGAUUGCCAGACACCCUGGCAUUUAUACCCGGCUAACAGAAAAAUAUUUAACUUGGAUCAAGAAAACAAUUGGAGUUGUAAAUUUUAAUGAAACCUAUGAACAAAUCUUCCUUAAAAUGAGCAAAAUGUUUCAAGUGGUCUUCAUUAUUUCAAUACUAAAUGCCUUAGCAGAUCAUGGCUGUGUCUGUAUGAAAAUUAUUGGAGGACGUGAUGCUAAACCUGGUUCUGGUUCUUUCAUGGUAUCCAUCCAAUGUGCAAAUGAACAUGUUUGUGGAGGAACUUUAAUCCAUACUCAGUGGGUCUUGACUUCAGCAAACUGUGCAGUUUAUUACUUUCAAGGGAAAAAAACCACUGUUGUUCUUGGUACCCUGUCCUUGAAAGACAAAAAGAAAGCACAAAACAUUAAAGUGAUCUUUGCGGAACCGCAUCCUGCAUACAACAACAAAACAGAACAGAACAACUUGGCACUACUCAAGUUGGAUCGAGCUGCAAAACUGAAUAAGUUUGUAAAGGUCCUCUCAUUGCCAAAAUCAACAAAAGAUAUUAAAAGUGGAACAAAAUGCAAGAUUCUAGGAUGGGGACAAACAACUGUUGACAAUGACGAUUCAUCUGACACUUUGAAAGAAAUUAUUGUAACUAUCAUAGACCGGCAACGCUGCAACAGUAAAGACUAUUACAACCAUGAUCCAGUCGUAACAGAUGAUAUGUUAUGUGCUGGUGAUGCAAACCGGAUGUCCAAAAUGUGCAGGGGUGAUGCAGGUGGACCAUUGAUAUGUAAAACUCUGGGAAAACAGUUCGCUGGCAUUGCUGCCUUUGGAAAGAGUUGUGAGACCAAGAAUCAACCUGGAAUUUAUACACGUUUAUCGAAGAAUUACGUUAAGUGGAUAAAGAAAACCAUGAAAAGGCCAAUGGGCAACACCACAUUUAAGUAAAUUGAUAAGAAUGAUUUGGUUAAAAAGUAAAUGUGUGUACUUUAGGUAAUGAUUUUGAAUAUAUCACCUGCUAAAUAUGUUAAAAUGUCUCCGCAUUUGUUCACUAGUCUCAUAACUUGGCUGAGCAGCUUCCAAGUUUUGAGAUCUAAACCAAAAUAUCAGAAUUCUGCAAGGGAAAAGUUAGCUAAUUAUUGUCAAAUUUAGCUGAGUGGUAUUCCAAAGGAUUGGAUGUUUCUUUGGUCAAAUAAGUUGUGGUAAGCAUCUCCUCAUUACUAUGGAAAGAGCAGAACAUUUUCUCACAAUUAUAUAAAUUACCAGCUUUGAUUUUAUUUUCAAUAUAAUGAUGUAUUCUGGUCUAUUCAUUAUGUAUAAAAGGGAAUAAAAGAUUUUUUAGACAAAAGUAAACAUUACUUAAAUGAUUAUCUAUUGCUGUAGCUUUUACAAAAUAUUAUGUGAAGUCACCAUAGUCCAAGACCAGAGGACUCCUGUCUCACUGAGAGUGGGAUGAUUGGCAGUGAGUUUAACCGGAUGAUGAGGGGCAAGGUUGAGAAGAUGAGACCUUCAAGGUAACCUUUGCCAGUGCAGGAUUUGAACCUAUGCUGUUUGUGACACUUUGCAUCAUAAACUAUUUGGCCAGCCAACUGUGUUAACCACCCUCCAAAUAAUGCCAUUGGAUGUUAAAUACAUUUGAAAUAAAGAACAGCAUGUAUCUGGAGAUAUUUUAUUCUUUUUGAUACCUUCACCAUAAUCAGCAUUAUUUUCUUCCUGUUCUUUUUUAUAUGAUGUUACGGAAUCUUUAAAUAAUGAUAGCUGAGUGGAAUGCACUUAAUCUUGUAUUUUCCAUAUUCUCCUAAAGCCCCUUAUCGGCUGCUUGUGACUUCAUUGAUAGCCACGAUUGAGAUAACAGAAUGAUGAAAAUCCUUAUAUGCUAACUGGGUUUGAAUUAUUAUGACACUGUGUUAUUCUCUUUAGAGUCUGUAUUUUA